CGCGCUGACGGGCCGCCUUGCGCGCUGCUCCCGUUCCGCCCCGUCGCGACAAGCGGAGCGAGCGUGAGGAGAAAGGGGGUCCCGCCGGCGGGCUCUCGGCCCUUCUCGCCCCUCUCCGCCCCGGGGGCUUCCGCAGGAAGGGGCAGCCGCCGCCCGGAUACGCUUCCUCCCCGGCGAGGCCCCGGCGGCCGCCAGCCCUCCCGCUCGCCAUGUCGGCGCAGGCCCAGAUGCGCGCGAUGCUGGACCAGCUGAUGGGCACGUCCCGGGACGGUUCAAUGUUUCUAUGCCUGCCUACUUCAAUCUGCAAGGGAGUGUCAGAAAGGCCCCGCAUUCGCCGAGCCGGGCGUCGUUCCAGACGAAACCAAAUAGUGGACGAGUUGGAGCUGGGGGACAGUGGGGAUUCGCAGAGACACCACCCGCCAGCGAAUCAAAUUCAGUGAUGACCGAGUAUGCAAGAGUCACCUUCUCAACUGCUGCCCUCAUGACGUCCUCUCCGGAACCCUGGGUCCAGGUGGGGGAGAGAGGCCAACCAGCUCUAACCAACAACAGCCCUCUUCCACGAAGAACAGUGGGGCUCUUAGCAGCUGCGCGUGUCAUCACAAAGCGACAGAAUGGUAGUGGGAGGAUGGACCUUGGAGAAUGCCUGAAAGUCCAUGACCUGGCUCUGAGAGCCGACUACGAAAUUGCAUCCAAAGAACAAGACUUUUUCUUUGAACUUGAUGCGAUGGAUCACUUGCAGUCGUUCAUUGCAGACUGUGACAGGCGGACAGAGGUGGCCAAGAAACGAUUAGCAGAAACACAAGAAGAGAUCAGUGCUGAAGUAGCAGCCAAAGCCGAACGGGUCCACGAACUGAAUGAGGAAAUUGGUAAGUUACUUGCCAAAGUAGAACAACUGGGAGCCGAAGGAAACGUGGAAGAGUCUCAGAAAGUGAUGGAUGAGGUGGAGAAAGCCCGGGCCAAGAAGAGAGAGGCAGAGGAAGUGUACCGGAAUUCCAUGCCCGCUUCCAGCUUCCAGCAGCAGAAGCUGAGGGUGUGUGAAGUGUGCUCUGCCUAUCUGGGUCUACACGAUAACGACAGGCGGCUCGCUGAUCACUUCGGAGGGAAGCUGCACCUGGGAUUCAUCGAAAUCAGAGAAAAGCUUGAAGAGCUCAAGAGAGUUGUGGCCGAGAAACAGGAGAAGCGAAACCAGGAACGCCUGAAGCGCCGGGAGGAAAGGGAGCGGGAAGAAAGGGAGAAAUUGAGAAGGUCCCGAUCACAUAGCAAGAAUCCCAAAAGAUCUAGGUCCCGGGAGCGCCGCCGGCACCGGUCUCGCUCUGCUUCACGGGAGCGGAAGAGAAGGACUCGUUCCAAAUCCCGGGAGAAGCGCCACCGCCACAGAUCUCGCUCCAGCAGCCGCAGCCGUAGCCGCAGCCACCAGAGAAGCCGCCAUAGUUCCAGAGACCGGAGCAGAGAACGCUCCAAACGAAGGUCCUCCAAAGAAAGAUCUGGAGAUAAAGAUCGGUCACUGAGAGACCAAGACAUAACCUCCCGCGACAAGGACCGGAGUUCAAGAGAGAGGUCACCCCGCGACCGAGAGCGCAAAGACAAGAAGCGCUCCUACGAGAGCACCAACGGCCGGUCGGAAGACAGGAGGAGCUCGGAAGAGCGCGAAGCCGGGGAGAUCUGACCGGCCGCCGGCUUCCCCGAUCCCCCCUCGGCUUCUGACGGAGAGAAAUACUACGGUUUAGUUGACAGCCGCCGUUCUAAGGAGACAUCAGUGAGCAGCAGUUCCAGACCCGGAUCCAGCUAGGCUAGAUGUGUACCGUAUCCACAGUGGCUCUAACUCAGUCCGAACCGCCCCCUCCCCCCUCCCCUUUUUUCCCUCGAAGCCUGAAGCCGCGUCCGUGAUGUCCGACGGACUGCCAGACCACCCUGAGACGUUUCCUCUGGUCAGCGGGGCGGUUUGAUGUAGCAGGAUGCCGAGCGCAAGAUGUUUUUCUUCUUUUCCGUAGGCGUUGAAUAGUUAACAGAUUGUGUUCCUUACCUGGGCUUUCUUGACAGUUUUGUCAGAUUACUCGUUCAGUUUUAGUUCAAGCAGCAGCAGCCGCCGCCGCCCCCCCGGAAAGUCAGAUGUCACCGUCUCCCCCAGUCUGAGAGGUAGGCUUACCUCGCUGGGGUCUCUCACGGGCCAGUUCCACUGAUGGAUGGAUCGAGAGUUAGUCGGUUACAGUUCAGAGCAUUUGUCCUGGAUUUUGUGCUGGAGAAAACGGAAGUGUUCGUUUCCCUUCUUCUUAUUCUUCUCCUCCUCCUCCUCCUCCUCCUUUUUUUUUUAAACAGUGCCUAUUUAGAUUUGGAAGUUGAACAGCUGUUGCAUUACAUCCUUUUGCAUUUUUAUUGAAAUUUUGAAAUCAAACCUUGUCCUGUUUUUUCUGUUCCCUGAAUUGGUAUGUUUAGUUUGUUGGCAGGGCUCUCUGAAGCACUUUCGGCUUUUUUUUUCCUUGUGGAGUGUAAAGAUUGCACAUCUUAACUGUAAAAAAAUAAACAAAAUGAAAACAA